UUACAAAAAAGGGCUCCGCCUGAAGUGCUGUCACGUUGGCGUUCCGGUAUGUCAGCAGCCGUAAUGUCUCAUGGAAGGUGUCCGAAAGAAAAUGAAGGCGCCGCCUUGUUCGCUGUUUACUCGCUACACAUUACCUGGUGUUGUUAAAUCACACAUGCGCGCCCGACUUCCGAUAAAGAAAGGUCAAGAAAGUCGUCUGCUACAAGGUGAUAUCAAAGCCAGGCGAACUUAAGGUGUUACUAGUCUGCUUGACGUUAUUAGCUAGUUUUAUCGGCGUAUUGCAGCACAUUGAUUGAGUUAGCUCGUUCACACGGGUCGCAAAGUUUUAACAAACUAACUGUGACGCGACACUAGCAUUAACAUCCAUGGCAGGUAGGUGUCAUGCUCUGUUGAGUUUGUAAGAUACGUUUACGUUUCUCCGGACUCCCAUCUACUAGUACUAGUAUGAAGGGACUCCCCGUCCUGUGGUUGCUGCUCUGGUUGAGUGCCGUGUACUUUGUGGGCAUCUACGUUUUUGUGGGGGGCUUCCUACUGGUAAGGCUGGAGGUGAACAGGACCAGCACAUGCGGCGACUUGCUGGAGCCCGAAGGGGGCUCGGCGGAUUUCUGCCGCGGCCAACCGCGAUUCAAGAGGGCUAUAAUCCUAAUAAUCGACGCCCUGAAGAUUGACUUUGCCCGAUUUGACUCCAGCAAAACGACGCCACGACAUUAUGAGAACAAACUACCUGUGCUGGAGGAGGUGGUGUCAUCCAGGCCCUCGCAAGGUCGCCUGUACCCCUUUAGAGCUGACCCGCCAACGACCACCAUGCAGAGAAUCAAGGGUUUUACCACCGGAUCUCUGCCGACCUUUGUGGAUGUGGGCAAUAACUUUGCAUCAAGUGCCAUCUUGGAGGACAAUCUCAUCCACCAACUUGGGCAAACAGGCAGACACGUUGUCUUUAUGGGGGAUGACACCUGGGAAAGUCUUUUUCCCAAGAAGUUCUUUCGCUCCCUGCCUUUCCCUUCUUUCAAUGUUAAGGAUUUGCACACUGUGGAUAAUGGGAUCCUGCAACAUCUCUACACAACUAUGGUGGGGGAUGACUGGGACGUCCUGGUCGCUCACUUUCUUGGCGUGGACCACUGUGGUCACAGGUUUGGCCCCGAUCACCCAUCUAUGGCUGACAAGCUCACACAGAUGGAUGGAGUCAUCAGGUCCGUGAUUGAACAUCUGCAGAAUGACACCCUUUUGGUGGUGAUGGGAGACCACGGCAUGACUGACACCGGGGAUCAUGGUGGAGAAAGCCUGAAAGAGACCGACGCUGCUCUCUUUCUUUAUAGUCCAACUCCUGUAUUUGCUGAAUCUAACUCACAGAACGAACCAAAUGUGGUUCCACAGACAGACUUGGUUCCCACCCUGGCUUUACUUCUGGGAAUUCCCAUUCCAUACAGCAGUGUUGGGCAGGUCCUCUUGCCUUUAUUUCAAGAAAAGACAGCAGGUGCAGUUGCAGGUCUCAGCCAGCUUGAGGCGCUGUGGAUCAAUGCAAAGCAGGUUAACCGUUUCCUGGAGACGUAUUCAAGCAUGGCCAGAGACAUUCCACCACAAAGACUUUCUCAGCUGAAGGACGAGUUUUCCCGCCUCUCCUCCGAUUACCUCAGCUCGCUCAGAGAGGGCCAAAGCCCGCCUUCACAGCUGGCGUUAUCUCUGCAGGCGUACCUCACAUCUGUCAGAGACACCUGCCGAUCCACCUGGGCCAGAUUCAACCCUGUUAAGAUGGCAGCAGGGUUAGCCAUCCUGGCUUUUGCCUGUCUGAUGUGUUUGGUCCUGUCUGAGCUGUCGCAGGUGCUGAUCAAAGAGUACAGUGUGGGGCUGAAGGCUCCGGCUGCUUUGGCACUAACGAUGGGGGUUGUGGUAGCCGCUGCUCAGCUGCUCACGCAGGGCUACGUUGAGGGAGUUUGGUGUCUGGCAGCUGGUGCCUUCAGUUCGGAGCUUCUCUUCUUCUGGAGGUUCCGACGAGUCAAUUCCUUCACAGUUUUAAAGAACGGGACAAAGGUUUCAAAGUAUUCCAGGUGGUUGACUCCAUGUCGCCUUCCUGUUGCUCCUCUCCUGAUACCACUCCUUCGCUGCGCCUCCUUGCUAUCAGAUAGCUACGUCAUCGCUGAAGGCCGGGUCGUAACUUUCCUGGUUUUCUCUCUGGUUCUGUAUAUUCCCAUUCAACUGAACUGGAACGGCCUGCUUUUGCCCCCAAGCCCCGACCCUUUAAAGUCUGCUGGACUGCUGCCUCCUUCCGGUUUGUCCCUGUCAACAGUCAGGAAAGAAUGCACCACUCUUCUAGGCUGUGUGGGACUCCUCAUCAGCACCCUGUACCUCUCCCUUUCGUUCCAUGGGUGCAGAGAAGAGCAGGGCUCCUGCCAGCCUUCAUCUUUUCUCUAUCCUCUCUCCAGAAUGCAGGACAACCAGCUGAAGAACCUGCACUACGUCCUAUCAGUCAUCUCUCUUGGCAUUUAUACGUCUCUGCUGAGACACGUCCUGUGCCACUAUGGUAAUCUGAAUUCGUCCGGCGGGACAGUGUUCACCGCCCGCUGGAUCCUACCGCUGCUGUCCGUGUGCUUGGGGCUCCACUGGGCUGUCAGUGCCACUUCAGAGGACAGCUUCAGGAAUCUGGCCCAGCUGAUCCGCGUGGCACAGCUGGCCCUCCCCAGGGCCGCCUACUGUCUUUUAGGGCUAGGGCUGUCCCUGAUCUGGAUUGACCCCAUCACCGUUUUUGUGAAAACUCGAGGCGCGGCCUCCUCCCGAACGCCAGCCAUGCCCACCCCCUGUUAUAGAGCCAGCACCGGCAUCAGCCCCCAGGCCGAGCUGCACCACCUGAUUCCCCAGAUCUACCAGCACAUGCGUCGUUCUUUGGACGACAGCGAGCUAAGCGGCGGCACUGAGGCACCCAACCGGCUCACUGUAGAGGCGUACGGCCUAGGAACAGUAUACUCUGCCCCUCUGCUGUUGUUUUGUGGCCUGCUGGGAAUGGGACUUCUGCUGCUGCAUCCAGAGGGCAUGGCUGCAUCUUUUCUCCUGCUGCUUUUAGAAAUGGCAGCUCUGCUGCACAUCCAUGCAUCCUCCACCACUCUGUGUGGCCUGCAUGGAACUUACUCUGGUGGGUUCAAUGUGCCCUGGACUCCAGUGGUGUUGUGGUCUCUGGCAGCCACCCAGUUCUUCCAUGCCACCGGUCACCUGCCCACUUUCCCCUCCAUCCAGUGGGGUGCUGCCUUUGUGGGAUUCCCAGAUGGGCACACGAGCACUUUGUUACCUGCCUCAUUAGUUACUCUCAACACUUUUGCUUCGCACAUUUUAUUUGCAGUGGGAUGUCCUCUGCUGUUGUUUUGGCCCCUGGUGUGUGAAGUGAGGGGGAUCAGUAGGGCCAGAACUUGUGGAGUGGAAGGGGGUGAUGCUGUGAUGGAGAUGAGGCUUAGAGAAAACCCUCUUCAGUUCAGCUCCUCACUUCUGCAGCUCUCUGCACGCUACCUCUUUAUUCACGGAGUACAGGUCUUUUCGUCAGUCUGUGCUGCAGCUAUCCUCAGGAGGCAUCUAAUGGUCUGGAAGGUUUUUGCACCCAAGUUAAUGUUCGAGGUUUCUGGGUUCUUUAUGAGCAGCGUUUUCCUGCUGUUUGGAGUCAUGUUGGUGCUAAGGGUUGACAGAGCUGUGGCUCGAUGGUUUAAAAACCUCAUGCCAGAUGCAUCCAGGUAACCUCUGAAGGGCUGUGUCCACAGGAAAGACUGCUGGCAUUUUCUCUCAAACUUUACCACCACGGAUAAUUCCCCACAGACGCAACACAAGAGCAUUUCCUGACUCGCUGUAGGACCAUGUUGCACAUUACUCACACUGCAGGACUUUUGGAUCAUUCCUUUCUGACCAAGAAAAGGGAAUUUUUAUAUUAAACUGUGGAUUCAACAGCCUCACUAAAGGUGAGGCCUUCAGUGUUUUGCAUGAAUUCUGGUUGAUAUUAUGAACAGCUCUUUUUUCAAUGAUUUUUUUAACUUAUGAAAGAAAUCUCUUGAGCCUGUCACUCGUGUGGCUGACUUUACUUCUGGAAAAAAAAGACCACAUAGACACAGAAGUCCAUUGAAACUGAUGUAAGCAGGUUUGUCCAAACUUCUGAUCUGUCUUUGCAUCUAGUUUACAAACAUUUCUCUUGUCCAAAGUCAUGGAAAACCUGUUUAAAUAAAAACUUGUCAAAUUUUUAAAUAAAUAAACAGGAUGUUGCUGAACAUUAUGCAAAACACCAGUGGAAUAAAAGUCUGUCGCAGAAAACUACCUUUUCACUAAGGUCCACUUUAGGUCUAGUAUAUAAAAAUGUGUCAUCCAAGUGCAUUACAUCUUUUUUUCAUGUAAAAAUUUUUUACAUUGUUUUUUUAAAAUGAUUUUCUAAUCAAAAUAACCAGCAUGUCUGUUCAUGCUACUGUAACGUUAACAAUGUAGUUCUACAGUAACAAAAUCUUAAGUUGCUUCUAGUUUUGCGGCCUUUCUUCCUGAUGCUUCAUAAUUACACUUAUUAGGAUGUGUUUUGCUAUUUCAAACUUAAAAAAAAUCCCAAAUAGGUGCCUAACUUUAAUUUUAAUAAAUGCCUUUUUUCUCAGUGAUUUAAUAAGGUGCUUUCAGGAAGUCUGUCAGUGAUGUGUAUCUGCAGGACAUGUGAGUUGUGUCUGGAAAAAAUGUUACAUCAGCCGCUGAACCUCAUUAGCUAAUGCACAAUAUGGAAGGAUGUAAUGUUUAGGUUGCUGUUCUUGAGAUUGCUGUAUGGAUAUGAUUGAAGGUGUGUGGGGUGAUAUUUUGUUUGGUGUUAGAAUGGUGUUUUUUUAUAUUUUCAAAUGUUGGAUUAUAACAAUAAGAGCUGUUAAAUCAAGGAUUUUUCCAUUCUGUGGAAAUAAAAUAAUUUUUUGAA